AGGCGGAGCGAAGGUAGAAAUGGCGUCUCCUGCGCGGGGUUGCCACGUGUGGGUGGGAUCCGAGACGGGCAUCUUGAAAGGCAUCAACCUGCAGAAGAAACAGGCUACAAACUAUAAGUUGGGGGAUACAGUGCUUAAUCGACAUGAAGCUGUUACCGCCAUGUGUUGGGGAGAUCCUUAUGAGUCUGAGAUCUUUGUGGGAUGUUUUGACGGAUCAGUCAAGUUAUUUAGCACUGAGAAGGGCAAGUUUACUGAGUCACGGGACUGUCGAGAAGGCGAGGGACCUUUCUGUGGCCUGGCUGUGCUUGAUAGCUCCCUCAUCACGUGUGUGCAGUCUGGGUUGCUGAAGGUUUGGCGGGACACCUCAUCGGAAAAUGUGGAGAUCCAGGUGGGUGCUGGCGUGUGCCGCAUGCGCCAGAACCCUGAACAGUUGCACCGUGUGGCCACUGGUGGGAAGGAGAACUGCCUGAAGGUGUGGGAUCUGCACCAGCCACAGGAGCCUAUCUUCAGAGCCAAAAACUUGCGGCAUGAUUGGCUCGAUUUGAGAGUGCCCGUCUGGGACCGGGACAUGCAGUUCCUGCCUGGAUCUGAGAAAAUCGUUACUUGCACUGGACAUCAUCAGGUCCGCCUCUAUGACCCAAGCUCCCCGCAGCGCCGCCCAGUGUUGGAGGCCACCUUUGGCGAGUACCCACUCACGGCCCUCUCGUUGACUUCUGAUGGAAAUGCUGUAGUUGUGGGCAGCUCGCACGGGGACGUGGCAGUCAUAGAUCUGCGGCAAGGGCGGCUGGUGAAAUGCCUCAAGGGCCUUGCUGGGAGCGUCCGUGCCAUCCAGUGUCACCCUGUGCUUCCACUGGUAGCCUCCUGUGGGCUGGACCGCUUCCUUCGUGUGCACAACCUUCACCAUAAGCGCUUGGAGCAUAAGGUCUAUCUGAAAUCUCGAUUGAACUGCCUUCUCCUGACCAGCCGAGAGAAGUGGGAGGAUGAGGGCUUCGACUCUUCAGCUGAUCUCCAAAGUGAUGUGAAGGAGGAGGAAGAAGACGACGAAAUCUGGAACUCCAUGGAAGUGGUGGCCACCAAGCGGAAAGCAGAGCUGCAGCCAUGCACUGAGUCAGAUCUCCAGAAGGACAAGCGCUUGAAAAAGCAGAAGAAAUUGAAAAAAGCAAAAUCCUGAUAGGGGUUUGGGGCGGCUGCAAGGGUGACAGCUGCCUUAAAACUCAAAGGGGAAUAUGUUGCCCCUGGCUCUCAAAUGAUGCAUACCAAGAACAGUGUGUAUGUAGGUAAAGAGGAGUCAAAAGAUCUCCAGCUGUCCUUUCCUGCUUUGUAGGGUAACUUUUGCAGCGAGACAGCUUUUUGUACUGACUCCUGCUCAUCCUCUUGCAUUUGUGUGGCUAAAAUGGGAUGCCUGUGACUGAGCCUUCCUUUCUAGGAUCUUUUGGGAGGGCUGGGUCUGUUCUCUCUGCCUUGGCUGCUGUGCAGCUCUGUCUACUCUUUAAUAAAAGUGCCUGCCUGUGUAAUUCA